AUGCAACAACCAAGGGGUCCCCCUCCUUCAUGUUUUGCAGCAGGCAUCCCCACAGCAAGCCUUACGACGGUAUCAAGAAAGCACGCAAGCACCAGGACGGGUCUGCUGCAACAGAGGUGUAUUGGGCACCUGCUCUUCAAACUGAUCCUACUCGAGGCUGCUGGGACUGUGGCCUUGAUGCUCUAUGCACUGCUGUGGGAAGCCGGAAACCUGGUCAACCUUCCUGACAAAUGCAUUGACUUUUACAACUUCUGCCUGUGGAAUGAGACAACUGAGAAGCUGCAGUGCCUGGAUGCUGUCCCACACGCUCUAGAAGCAAGAAAGCAAAUCCCAGCCCAAAUUAAGCCAAACAUUAAGUCACGGACAUCUUUAUGUCAUUUUUGCCCUAAAGAUGUCAGCUGUAAGGUAAAGGUGGUAGUUUUCACAGGGCACGACCUGUCAAGCUCGGCGACGGAUACCGCAAGAAUCAAAGCCCUGGAGCGGGCGCUGCUGAGCGGGAUGGGAAGCCGGCAUCCGUGGGGAAGAGGGAAGGAGGAUCGAGCGGGGAAGGGAAAGCAUGGCCGGGCUCCCCCCGCCACACAGGCGCCGAGCAAACCCUGCCCAGGACGCGCCGCCGAGCCCGGGGGAGAGGAAACGGCACGGGCGGAGCCAAAGCCGCGAGGGCAGCGGGGACGGGCGGGGCGAGGGCCGGCGGCCACCCCAGAGCCACGCACUCACAAGACAAUAAUUCUGUCUGGAGGCCUGGGCGCAUUUCCUUUCCAAAUCUCAUAGUGGAUUCACCUCUCUGAUUUCACUGGAGGCCUCCUGGCACUGCUUGGCACUCAGGCUCUGCUGCUGCUUCAGAUUCUCACGGCCACAAUGCGCCUCAGCUGGGCCAAGCACGCACACCUGUGUCAAAGCCCUUUUACUGAGGAGGCCCUGCCCGCUGCAAUUUGA